AUGUUAAGCAAAUAUGUGAAUGUCUCAGAUGAUGGACAAUUCACUAAAACUGGAGAUGACAAAGUAUGGCAUGCCACCAUGUAAUUGAUGAGAUAACAUUUCUUGGAUUCAGUAUGGAAAUGUCUAGGAAUUGGUCUCACUAUUGUUAUUAGAUAUUCAUUACAAAGAAAACAAUUCAAAGAUUCCUUAGGGUAAGAAAUUCCCAUCUUUGAUUACCAACUUCAAUAACACAAAUUGAUUCCUUUGAUUGCUGAAAUGUAUGGAUGCAUGUUAGGAAGUAAGAAGGUCUUUGCUAUGGCACAUGACAAUGUUGCUAGAAUCAAAUAAAAGAAUGAUUUCUCUAAAAUGAUGGAAGUUCAUGUUGUCUUAAGUGCUUCUAAAGCAUAUUAUACAUGGAACUGCUUCUUUGCCUUAGAAAAGGUUAGAUAAUGUGCUGGUGGACAUGGUUAUUCCUAUUACUCUGGAAUCCCACCUCUUAUUACUGAGAUGAGUCCCUGUGUCGUGGCUGAAGGUGAUAAUACAGUCUUAUCUUUGUCUGUGGGUAAGGUCUUGUUGAUGUAUCUCAACAAAGCCAUGUAAUCAGGAAAGGCUCCCAACACCACUUGUGAUUAUUUGGAAGACAUUUUCAAUUAUUUGACUGAACUCAAAUAACCAUUGGUCUCCAAAGAGUGCACCAGAGACCUCAAUAAGGUUUUGGCUGCUUUAAGAUACAAUGUUGCUUUCAAUGUUGCUAAUGCAGGAUAAAAGUUACAAACUCUCAUGGGUGAUAAGGGAUUAACAUUUAAGGAAUCCACAGACAAGCACUUAGGCAUUCUCUUAUAAGAAAUUGCUCACACACAAUCUAAUUAUUGGACUUAUAGAACCUUCCUUGAAGAAGUCAAUGCUUUAACUGAUCCAAAUAUUAAGACUGUCCUCACUCAAUUAUGCUUAUUGUAUGGUCUUAACAAGAUCUUGGAAUAAUAAGGAUAAUUGUUUGAGUAUGGUGUCUUAACUGAAACCAGAGAUGAACUUAUUUCAAAUUUGAAAGACAACGCAUUGGGAUUAGUUGAGGCCAUUGCUUAUGAUGAUAAUAGUGUGAGAUCAGCCAUUGGAGAUUCCUAGGGUAAUCCAUAUGAGAAAUUAUAUCAUUGGGCCAAAGACCUCAACCCAUUAAAUGAACCAGAGUUCCAUGAAUAAGUUUUCAAGACAAUUAAGACAAUCAGAACUGCAUCUCCACAUGCUAAGUUAUGAUUAAGAUUAACAAAUAAUUAGAUUCAUUAUUUAUGUUCU